UCAAGCUUUGCAUCGAAGAGACCAUCUAUCUAUCGGUUCUACCGACAGAUCGAGAGCUCAACCAACCAGCAGAGCUAGCAGAAUUAAGCAUGGCGUACAGGGUGUUGGAGCUGACCCUGGUGUCGGCGCGUGAGCUCAAGAACGUGAACCUGAUCACGCGCAUGGACGUGUACGCGGUGGUGACCAUCUCCGGCGACCCCCUGACGCGGCAGUGCACGGCGCCGGACCCCUUCGGCGGCCGGAACCCACGGUGGGACGCCACGCUACGGUUCGCCGUCCCGCCCACCGCCGCCGCCGCGGCGGGGUCGUGCCUCCACGUGCUGCUCCGCGCCGAGCGCGUCCUCGGCGACCGCGACAUCGGCGAGGUCGUCGUCCCGCUCGCGGACCUCCUGGCCGGCGCGCCGGCCGCGGGGCCCCAGCAGCCGCAGGUGGCGUCGUAUCAGGUCCGCAAGGUGCACCGCUGGGAGCCCCGCGGCGUGCUCAACGUGGCCUACCGCCUGGGCCCCGUCGUCGCCCCGGUGGAGGCGGCGGAGAGGAAGCCGCCGCCGGCGGUCAUGGGCAUCGCCUACCCCGACGCGCCGGUGGGGGUGCCGUCGACGCAGCCGUUCCAACCCCCAGCUGGCGCCUACCAACCGCCGCCGCCUCCACGUCCCGCCGCCAAGGCCAAGCACGACCCGGCUCCGGCUCCGGCGCCGUCGCCGUCGCCGAGGAGAGGAAAGAGCAACGGGCUUGGUCUGGAGGGCCCUACUCAGGUUAUUGUGGGCCCCCACACCCAGAUCAUCCUUGGCGGCGGCGGUCCAGCAACGACGGCGAUGUCGUCCCCCACUGGAUCCACCGUCAGCAGCCCACGGAAGCUACAUGGAGCUUGGCCGAAACAGGAACUGCACCAUGAUCGUGAUGACACAACCUAUGCAUCUGCUGCUCAGUCCAUCUUCAGCCCAAGGAAGGAGGAUCAUUCGAGGCCCAAGGUGUUCCCAGAUCACGACGCACAAGGAAGAAGAAGGUCCUUCCAAGAAACUGAGGCCACUAGCCAGCGAUCAGUCGUCUCUCCCUCCUCCAGGGAACCAGGGACGGUGAGUCCACGUGGACCCUCCCCCCGCCCGCCGGUUUCCACGUUCUCCUCCCACGGUUCCUCCUCCUCGCCGCUACCCUACUCCCCAGCUCACCCACUCACUCCCUCUCCCAGCUCCUCAGCUCAUUCCACCACCAAUUCCCCUUACACGGCUCGUCACCCCUCGACCCCUUCUCCCCGGCCUCUUGGCCAAUCGGCAGGAGGUGAUGCCUUUGGUUCUAGCAGGGCUACUAGCCACACCAACUCCCCGCGUUCCGCCUCCACUCACGGUCGAGCAGGAAUCUCCUCGCCACUGCGGCCUUCCUCCGCUCUGGUUGCUACCCACACUAGCAUGGUGCCCUCUCGAUAAGUAGCUCAUCAGUGACAAAGUGGACGGGCCUCUCUUAGUAUCGAAGUACCGAUGGGUUUUGCAAACUUUCUCAAACCAAAACAUCUUACAAGUCUAAUACGUAAAAUCUGUCCAUGUAAGAGACGACCCAUAUGGCCAGAUAGAACAACUAUGAGUGUUGCAACAUACUAGCUUUUGUAAGUGGUGUAUGGACAAGUGUGUGUAUGUGAUUGUGUGGUUUCAAAGGUAGACUUGUACGUGUACGAAUAACAUGCAUGUUUUCCUAA